UUUGUGUUACGCGAUGCUGCCAUUCUUGUAGAAGUCUUGUUGGUGCUGGAUGGCAUUUGUGGCGUGAAGCGGUGUCUCCUUCCUUAGCUGACAGCGGAAGAAGGACUGGAGAGCCGCAGCUGUGCCAGGAGCAGGCGAGUCAUAUGCCAGGGUCAGCAGUCGCUCUAGUAUGGGGACGAUGGCCCUUGAGCCCUCACCAUGCACCAUCAAAAGCCCAGUCAUGCUGCAAGUGGGUGACAUGAGGACUGAGCUAGGCCGGCCAGGUGUUGCGGUGAUUGAUGUGAUACUACCACACUCUCAGACCAUUGAUUUGCAGGAAAUUGUAUUCAAGAACUAUUACACAGCUUUUUUGAGCCUGCGGGUGCUGCGCCAAAGUUCCACAGGUGGUGGAGAUGAAAGUCCUUCCAAGUGGGUUACCUGUCUGCGAAACUAUUGCUUGAUGCCUCACCCGCACACAGAGGAAGGCUCACAGGACUACUUCUCUGUUUCUAGGCAUCAGAUGCUUUGUGAUAUGGACCGGGUGGCUGCCAUACGUCUGAUCCUACGUCAGCCUUCUCCAGUGUGGCUGCAUUUCAGCAUCGAGGAGCUACAACUCUUCCCUGGGAAUCAGAAGAGUCCACAGAAAGGCUUUCCAGCCUGGCUUUCAUGCCCAUCUCAGGAACGGCCGGCCAGCCUGCAUGAUGGACUCCCUGAUGCUGACAAAGUGUCUUCUGAAGUGCAGCAAAUGUGGGUUCUAACGGAGAUGCUCCAAGCCAGCCAGCCAGCAGCAGAGAUUGGACGUUUUGAUGUGGAUGGCUGCUAUGAUCUCAACCUGCUUUCCUACACUUGAGCUGGGUUGAAAGCUGACAAGGUUCUCGAGCUGGAUUCACUAGAUCCCAUCCCUGCCUUAUUGAAUUGGCUUGAGGCAGGAAGAAAUGGACCAAGUCUGCUGCCUUCAUGUCCUGACCCUUCUCCUCCCUGCUGUUUUGGGGUGGCCUUUCUAGGCCGUUCUUCAAAAUGGGUUCUGUUCUGUCCUUUCUCCCCAUCCCACACACCCCUGAGUCCUGUGUGGAGAACAUUCUCAUAACUCUGCAUUUUGCACUGGCACUCGGAAAGUUGGGUUCCUCUUCCCCAAACUGCAGGUGUUGAAUUUGGGAAUUUGUUCAGUCUCCUAAUCUUCUUUUCCAAGCUCUAUUCUCUGCUGCAUGUUCCCCACUGAGAGCAAAGGGAAGCAUUCUUUUUCAUUCAGAAUCUGUCUCUGGCAUGAGGAUGGCCUGAGAUGUUUGGAAAUGGCCAGUCAGAGGGUGCUCUGUCCCCAACAGCAGGUUAUGGAAUUUGAAAGCAGAGUUCAGUUACAGAUGUGGCUACCUCACAAGAAGCUAUGUAGGUUUUGGGGUGUUUUUUUUUAAUGCCUGAGUAGGAAAAGAAAAGGAUAUGUGGAUAAGUUUUCAAGAGGCCGCCUCUUUACAAGUCUGUUUUCCUCUCUGGAGGAAUGUGAAUAGCUCCCUUGGUGAUUAUGCAGGGCUAUCCCUGACACCACGCUGGAGCUGGCUGUGCCUACAAGGCAGUGAACAUGAUGUGCCCAGAAGGAAGUAAUCUGCACUCAUGAUGUAGCUCUGUGCUGUGCAUAAUAAAACUAGCAGUACGUGGUUUCAGUUGAUUGCUGAAGUACCCUGCCACAUUCAGCAGGCACCGUGCUUAGAGGCUUCAGGGUACAAAGAUUGCAUUAUACUGGAAAGCUUAAGCUCAGCUGUGCAGUGGGUUUACCUUCUAGAAAACACAGUUGCACCUCUCCUUACUUGCUGUCAUCUAUGCAUUCCUAGAUAUUUUCUUGUUUGUUUCUGUCUCUGCUCUUCAGUUUACUCUUGCAUAGCUGUAGCUGUUAAUUGCCACUUCCUGCCCUCAGGGGUUGCUGAUGGAGCACUUGAGAGAACAAAUGACAUUCGUGGUAUACCAAGAACAGACUUGGCUGCCUUUUGGGAAAUCGUUUUCCAUCUUAAUUCCCCAUUUGCAAAGUGAGUUUGAAAUUACACCCUGAGGAGGCUGUUAUGAAGUGAUAGUUACAAAGAAUACCUAAGCACCUCACCUUUGGGGCACACUGUGUGAUAUUUAUGUAUCUGAAUGGCCUAAAGCCACAUGGCUUCUGCACAUAUGUCUUCCUUGUGGUUAGGGUACUUCUAGCAGUACAUGCAUGAUUGGUAGCCAUCAGACAGAGGAGGGUGUAGAAUGACAUGAAUUGUUGGUGUUGGAUGUAUAGAUGAAAUUUGGUGUCUGUUGUUGGGAGCAGCCUUUGUAAUGUUUCCUGUACCUCUAGAUAACUCCCUUCUUAUUUAUUGUGAACUACUUAUGUUAUUUAUAGUUGGAAGGGGGCCUGGUGGCCUUUAUCCCAUUGCACUGAACCAGAUUUGGUUACCAAAUCUUUCUCAAUAGAUGUUGAUCUAGUUCAAAUGGCUUCACCGCCUUGUAUUGUGUUUAUUGGGGGAAGAAGAGGGAAUAAACA